AUGUCUCUUGUCCCCGGGGAGCUGGUCCCAAAAGUCUGUCCCAUUUGUCAGACUUUGAUUACAAAAUACGAUUUGCCUGAGGAUAUGAUGAAUCAGGCUGUUUUCUGGGUGGUUCGAGAUUUGGGAAGCUGUGAAUGGCCUGCAGACCGACCUUGGUUUGACCAGUGUCGUCUCGCCGGAGCACGGUUUUCACUUAAUGAGAUAUACUGGUAUCGGUCGCAGAACUUGAAUGACUCCAGGGCCAUGUGA